UUCUGCCAACGUGAGUUGGGCGUUGUCGGGAAGAGGGAUCGCCGCAGCAGCAGGAGCGUUCUUCGUGUUGUGUGUGGCUUACUUAGUUUUAAUCCUUUUAAAUAUGGAGAAUUCCUGGAGCAACACCUAUACCUCUCCAUCCCUAAAGUUGUCAAAUGGCUACGUCCUACCCGAGGGCAAACUGACUCCCAACGCCUUGUUUGUCGGUGGGAUUGACGUGAAGGUGGAUGAAAGUGAAUUGCAAGACUUAUUUGCAAGACAUGGUGCUGUUAAGGAAGUAAAGAUGAUCACCUACCGUGGAGGGAUCUGCAAAGGGUACGGGUUUGUGUACUUCAAUGAAGAUGUGGACAUUCAGGCGAUCAUUGAGCAACCGAUUAGUUUAAAUGGCCGAAAACUCAAGCUGGGCCCUGCCAUCAUGAAAGAAAGGACCGCCAGAACCGUGAGAUCCGAUGAGGUUGGCCCUGCUCCCUGGAUAACUCCCCCUCAGUACUACUACUGCGCCUUUUGCACAUCCAUGGGAGGGGGAGUGCCACAACAAUCACCUAUCGUCAAUGGUGGAGGCCAAUACAAUCAGCCAUAUUCCUACUCCAACUAUGGAGGGAUCAUCGUCCCACAGAGGCCAAUGAACUACACACAGAACCCCUACACCUACCAGACGCAGCACACUUCCCCGGGCUGGAUGUUGGACCAAAGGACACAGCCUGUCAAUCAGGGCUUCAUGGACAGUGGAAUCCAGAUAAUGAAUGUGCAGUAGUCUGAGCAACUUAGCCCACUGCCAGAUUACGCUGCAUUGGCCACGGUGAGUCAAUGCAGACAGGAAGACAUCUUGAUGUUCCUGACGGCUGGAAGCAACUGUACGCCUCACACAGUUUUUCUUAAUGCCCGCCUCGCUUCUCCCUAUAUACAUAUAUAUAUUUUAUAUUUUUUGGGGUAACAAUUUUAAUGUUUGUUUGGGUCCUUUUUAGCCUGCGCAAGGGCUCUGUACAUAAAAAGUAAGUUUAUAGAUGUAUUAAUAUUGUAAAAUUGUCUUAAGUUCAGGUCUAAUGCUUCUGAAUUAAGAAAUGUUGUAAUUAACUGCAGUAUAAGGGCACUUGGUUAAUAAUUUCAAGCACUCAUAUUUAGUUUUUUUUUGGUGCUCUAUCCUGUUUAAUUGGGUGUCGAUUGAGGCAAUAAAUGAGAAUUUUAGUGCCAAAUCAGUUUUACUGAUUUCUUGUCUUGGUCAAACGCCAGACUUUUCAAGCUGAUUAUCACAGAGCAUGGUUCGACACACUGAUCAUCCGUGUUUCAUUUCUAAACCAUCCCAUCCUCAAAUGGUUCCUGAGGUUCCCACUCGAGGACAAUCACGGCAUCAAUUUAUUUUUCCAUUGCUUGUCAAUCGACUUAUAUUUGGCAAUAUAAGUGUAAAACAGUUUUAAUCAACUCCAUAAUCCAUAGAUUAAGGAGCCAAGAAAAAUGGUUCACUGUACAUGGUUCAUUUUAAACUGUUUCUGUGUUUUAAUGUCGCAGGUGAUUUUUGCCUAAAGUAUUUUCCUGUGAAGAAUAAUUAAUGAUCAUUUGUAUAUCUAUAUAUAUUAUUUUCACAAAGUACACUUCAUUUCUUUUCCUUCAACUUUAUACACUAAAGUAGCAGCUUUCAAGUUGUGUGUGGGCAUUAUCCUCAGGGUCUCACGUGUGCAGACCUCUGAUUGUAUUGUUUUUUUGUUCAGAGACCCUGGGCACUGCAUUGUUAGUUUGGUUAAAUGUUAGUGUUCAUGUUUGCAGGGUUUGGAUGUUUUUGCUAAAAAAAAAUAAAACUAUAUAAUUUAA